AUGAAUCCACGGGACUGGUUGUGUUUGGGGGACUUCAACGAAGUUGUGGAUAAUACUGAAAAAGUGGACGGAUCCUUGAAAAUAGCUUCACAGAUCCUCCCGUUUCGUUCAGCUAUUGAAGCAUGCUCUUUGGGCGACUUGGGCUAUAAGGGCUCUAAAUAUACCUGGUGCAAUGACCGUGAAGGGGUAGGCUUUAUUAAGGAGCGACUCGAUCGGGCUCUUGCUACUGAGGGGUGGUGCGUGCAAUACCCAGAUGUGGAAGUUGAAGUUAUGUCGGCAAGGAGUUUGGAUCAUAAGCCCCUUUGUGUGCGACUUCUGCAGGGUCAUUCUCACACUCACAGAGGCUUUAAAUUUGAAGCCAGUUGGAAUAUUGAUGAUGAAAGCUCCGAGGUGAUUAAGGACAAAUGGGAAAAGGAUGUAGCAGGACCUUAUCCCCUAGCAAUUACACAGAGAAAAUUAGAGAGAUGUGCAAGGGCCCUCACUGCCUGGAAUUGGGCUAAAUAUGAGGAUAUUGGUAAACGAAUUUCUUCCUUGACUCAGAAAUUGGAAAUCCUCCAAAGGGAUCAGCAAGAAGGAGAUGAAGAGGGAAUUCGGAUCCUCCAAGAAGAACUUAACAAUUUGUUGGAGAUGGAAGAAAUCCGGUGGCGGCAAAGGGCAAAAAGAAAUUGUUUCCAGGGGGGGAUCGAAACACGAAAUUCUUACAUGCGUGAGUGA